AUGCUGAUGGUUGCAGCCGAGCUAGAAGUCUUGAGCGAGAAUGUUUCAGCUAUGAAAAAAGGUGAUGGGAAGUUAAUUAAAACAGAAAAUGGAGGAUGUGAACAAAUCACCAAAGAAGUGCUCUGCGACGGAGAUGGAAACUUUCGUAGGAAGGAAGACUUCUCAGCACAAGACGUAACAGAUGAUCAUAUGUAUGUACAGCUAGUGAAGAACGUACAGCAUCAUCAGGCAGUUCUUAAAGCUUUCACCCUGCUGCAGGAAACCAUGGACAAAUCAAUCUUCAUUCUUCUUUUCGUCAACAUGGCAGAUUUAUGUUCGUGUGUGUUUGCUACCGCUAUACUGUUGCAGAGAGGUGGAAAUGUUGCAAAAGCGCUGCAGCCACUUAUCACAAUUCCGCCAUGCUUAUAUGAGACUGUCAUGUACUGCUUUUUCGGAAACAUCGUAACUGACAAGAGCGAGGAUCUGGUGAACUCAGCCUACAGCUGUGGAUGGGCAGACUGCGAAACUCGCUUCAGACGGGGUCUUGUGUUCUUCGUGACGCAAGCCAUGCGCCCUCUGGAGAUCAAAGUGGGCAAGAUGUGCAAGCUGUCCAAACAAAUGCUGCUGCAGGUGCUGAAUGGAUCUUACAUGUUGCUGAAUCUGAUGUACAGUACUAGUUGAAGGAUUUUUCUGGACUUGUAAUGAUUAACACCCUUUACAAAAGAU